UUGACUGUUGUUGUGGUGGUGAGCAGCUGAGACUCGCCGCCUCAGCUCCCUGUAAUGUGCUUUCGUAUUUUCUCUUUGAUAUUACUUUAGUGGCUUAAGCAAUUAGCUUUUAGAAUUGACAUGUUUUUGUAUUUUGGCAAAGUUAUCAAAAUACCUUCGGCAUGGGGAUGUGGUCGCAGCUCUACACGUACAAUUGCAACUGCUGUGAAACAUGUCAAGAAGGGAAAAUCUUCACGCUCAAAAAUAGACAAACAUAAAACAAGCAUAUUGAAAAGAAGAGCAUUACAAGGUGAAGAGGAAACCAAUAAAGGUCAUAUAUUCAAACUUAUGUACCCAUGGAAAACAAAACUGCAAUUAGCAGAACAUCUAAAAAGCACAGAAGUUUAUAAUAGUGGUGGACUCAUUGCCCUUUGUAAACCAUAUGGAAUUGCCCAGGUCAGAGGAGUUUCUUCAGACAGUGGCCCACAAACUGUGGUACAGAUUUUAAAUAGUGGCGGCAUACCUGAUCACGUGCCGACUGUGGGUGCUACAAUACCUGUUUUAAAAGAGCUCUACGGUGCGAGUCAUCUUGAAGUAAUCAGAUCAGCUGAAAGAUGGAGUAGUGGUUUAAUGCUUUUAUGUACGAGUCCAGAGUUAGCUGACAAAGUUCACAAGAGUUUAAGGCGAUCUAGGACAUUACAACAGCCACCCUUAACUUAUUGGGCAGUGACUGUGAGCCUUCCCCAACCUGUAUCUGCUGCAAGCAAAGCUGCUUGCAAAUUGGAAUAUGUUAAUAAUAUAGGCAAAGUGCCUGUGAUUUUGAAAAACUACACUCAAGCAAGUUUGAAGAGGGGAGAAGUUAAGUUAUCUGUCGUUGAGCAUCAAACUCUGAUAUAUAAUAAGAACACCGGCGCAGCACUUGUGGAGGUUAACACUCACAGUGCAAGGUGGCAUUUCCUUCGGGUUUGGCUUGCUCAUAGUUUCAGCCCAAUUCUUGGGGAUGCUUUGUAUUCAUCAAGGGUGAAGAUGAUUGCUGGUAAGAAACUUCAUGUCAGCCCUCACAAUCUCACAUCUUAUGAACCGCAGAUGAUACCAGAAGAACUUUACUCGAAAUUAGAACUACCUUCUCAGGCCAAAGACAUGAUUCCUUGUCAUCUUCAUCUGGCUAAAGUAAGACUUGCACAGUUUAACAAUGACAAGUCUGAUUUGAUUAUUUCGGCACAACCUCCAGAUUUUUUUAUGUGGACUUGCAGACAGCUCGGGCUUAUGUCAAGCGAAGAUAGUGCUGCUGAAACUAACUGUGAUAGUACUCAAGGGAAGGAAAAUGCAGGACCACCACCCCCAUGAAUAAUUUGGAAUGAUUGUUUAAUAACCGUGCAGUUUUUUUUAUGUUUGUACAAAAUGUAUUCAUGAUAUUGUAAGUUGUAGGUGAUAAAGAUUAAAUACCUC